AUGUCUAUACUGCCAUUCACCCCCCCGAUUGUGAAGAGGCUUUUAGGCUGGAAAAGGGGUGAACAGAUACAUGGACAGGAGGAGAAAUGGUGUGAAAAGGCAGUGAAAAGUCUUGUAAAGAAAUUGAAGAAGACAGGACAGCUGGACGAGUUGGAGAAGGCCAUCACGACCCAGAAUAUCAACACCAAAUGCAUUACCAUACCAAGGUCUCUAGAUGGUCGUCUCCAGGUGUCCCAUCGCAAAGGCCUUCCCCAUGUCAUUUACUCUCGUCUGUGGCGUUGGCCAGACCUGCAGUCGCCCCACGAGCUCCGGGCCAUAGAGCUGUGUGAGUACGCCUUCCACACCAAGAAGGACGAGGUGUGUGUCAACCCUUACCAUUACCAACGCGUCGAGACACCAA